AUGACAACUACAAUUAUACCUACAACUAUAACUGCAGCUCCGACUACAGCUACAACUACACCAUGGUUACCAGCAACAGAAACUUCGACUGUUGAAAGUGUCGCAACAACAGGACUUGAAGUACAAACAAAUGAAGAGUCAAGUGUAACAGCGAUGAUAUCUACGACUAUAAUUACAGAACGUCCUUUCGUUGCACUAUUUCAAUGUAAUUUCGAUUCCACACCAUGUUUUGAAAAUGAUCAACUGAAACGAACUAGUGGUAAUGAAUUUAAUCCUACUGGGUCUUCUGAUAGCUUAGAACGUCCUAAAGCACCAACUUCGGAUGUUACAUCUAUUACCCUUCCAACAAAUAACAAUGAAAAAUGCAAACUACCUUAUCGAUUACCAUUGAAUGGUAGUAUGAAUAUCAGUACAUGGGAUAUGAACUUUUGUUAUAAUAAUCAAUGUAAAACAGAGAAUGGACAGACAGCAACAUGUCAAUUAGGUUUAUAUGGUCUAGUAUCACUUAAUUCAUCAGAACCAUUGAAGACAAUCAAUGAAUCAAUCAAUACUAACCUUAUUCUAAGAGAUUCAAUUGGAGAACAAUGUCUUCGAUUUUAUUAUUAUUUUACUUUUGAUGAAGGACAAGAUUGGGGCCAGCAGAUUCAAGUGUGGAUAAGAUCUGAUGAUGAAAGUGACAAUGAACGUUUAAUUACGAAUCUUACAAGAAAUGAUACAAUAGAAAAUAAAUGGCAAUUUCACGAUGUCACAUUUAAUUCAACAUUUUCUAAUUAUACAUUAGCUUUUUCUUUUCGUAUUGAUAACGGAACUGAAACAGAACAAUCAAUAUUGAAUCAAACGAUUUAUUUUGCAUUAGAUAAUAUAGAAAUAUAUGAUUAUAAUUGUUCAUAUGUCAAUUAUUUAUUGGCUGGUUCGACGACAACUCCAUCGAAGGAAACUACUAUGAUACCGACUUCGACAGCAACAACAACAACAACAACACCACCGUCAAUUACUGCAUCAACUGAGCAAGAUUUAGGUUUAAUUCUCGGUCUCUCGUUGGGUCUUGGUAUUCCAUUUGUGCUCGGUAUUCUUGUUGGUUUUAUUUAUUAUUUCAAAAUACGCAAACCUAAACAGAAAUGGACACCAGGAGCACCAACUCUAGAAACUCUCUAUGGCAUCACAUCAACUACUGUACCUAAACAACCUUUGUCUGAUGUUAAGUCCAUCUUGUCAUUGACUGUUCCUAAGAAUGAAUUUUGUGUGUUUCCAUACUCAAAUCCACCAGAAACAUGGCCAAUGUACUUUUGUCAACGCAACUCAGAAACUAAUUAUACAUGUCCAACUCGAUCUGGCACGGGAAAUUGUAUAAUUGGAAAGUAUGCUUUGGUUCAAACACCCAGAGCUGGUUCGUUUGAUCAUAUGUAUACAACUAUUGAUACUAUUCAGAAUCAUAUUGAUAAUUUUCAAUGUCUCGAUUUUUAUUAUUAUGUACCUGAUACAUCAUUUAGUGCACAAAUUAGUGUUGGAUGGUCGGCAGGUGCAGCACCCUUCUUUUUAACUGACGUAAAAGCAAAACUUGAAAAUAAAUGGCAACAUCAUCAGUUUACAUAUGAAAAUCCACGACAAACUGCUUAUAAUAUAUGGUUUCAAAUGAUUCGUGACGGUGGAGCUGCCGGAUUCUCGUUUGCCUUAGACGAAAUUAAAAUAUUUGAUGGUUCAUGUGAAUUUCUUACAACAAUCGCUCCAAACAUAACGACCUCAACAACUACAUCUUCAAUUACACCUACAGAAGAAUCUGAUUUACCCUUGAUUCUUGGCCUUGUACUUGGUAUUGGUUUGUCAUUCAUUCUUUUUUUCAUUGGUGUUGCUGUAUAUUAUUUUACAAUUGUCAAACCUAAACAAAAAAUUACGGUUCCUAAUUCGAGUGAAAAUGAAAUAAUCAUGGCAUCGAUGAAUAAUACUACGAACAAUACUGAUACUGUAGACACUGUUGUUAGUUAA